AUGCGCCCCUUGGACCGGGACAAGGUAGAAGCACCGGCGGAAGUGGAAGUUUUGGGGCCCUAGGAAGAUUUGGAGCAGUUCCUGCUUCCAGUCAUCCGUGGGGUGCGGGAGGAUAUGGUGGCUCUCCCACGAGUGUACCUGAGGACCAGGAGUAAGUUGUGGAAGAUGGAUAAUAUGCUCAUGCAGAUAGAAAUGCAGGUGGAGACCUCGGAGGAGAAAGCCUUGAAUCACCUUCAGCAUCCCAGUGGGGAAGCUGAUGAGAGAGUACCAGAGUUGUGCCGGAAGGUGGAGGAGAAAGCCAAGGAGAUUGCGAAGAUGGCAGAUUUGAUGGUGGAGCUGGUUUGGCAGAUAGAGAAAAGCAAAUCGUCUUGA